UUCUUGUUUUGAUUUGAUCUGCACACUUUUUCGCAGUCGCAGUUAUCAAGUGCAUAUGGAACUAGACGGCGCUAUUUUGCGAAAUCGGAAAAAUCUAAGAAAAUACGAGUGGUUAAUGUUAAUACCGGUCGCGGAGUGUAAAGAAAGGUUGGGUUGAUUUGCCGCACGAAUGGAAAUUCCUCGCUUUGUGAUAAAUCGGAAGGGAAAAUAGCAACAAUGUUCGCGAACAUUCUAUUUCGACGUACCUUUCUUAACAUGGCGGCUGCCAUCGGACCGGAGCGGCUUGGCGUGGCCGGAAAGAAGCCCUUCACUGUUUUCAUUGAGGGAAACAUCGGCAGCGGAAAGACCACAUUCCUGAACCACUUCGAGAAAUUCAAGGAUAGGGUUUGUCUGCUGACGGAACCUGUGGAAAAGUGGCGGGACUGCGGGGGAGUCAAUCUGCUGGAUCUAAUGUACAAGGAACCGCACCGUUGGGCGAUGCCGUUCCAGACCUACGUUACUUUGACGAUGCUCAACAUGCAUACUUAUCAAACGGAUAAAAGCGUGAAGCUCAUGGAACGGUCCAUGUUCAGUGCCAGAUAUUGUUUCGUGGAAAACAUGCUCGCGUCUGGUAGCUUACAUCAGGGAAUGUACAAUAUUCUACAAGAGUGGUAUGAGUUCAUCCAUGCCAAUAUACACAUUCAAGCAGAUUUGAUAGUUUAUUUACGAACUAGUCCGGAAAUCGUUUAUGAGCGAAUGAAAAAGCGCGCAAGAUCGGAAGAAAGUUGCGUUCCGUUAAAAUAUCUACAAGAACUACACGAGCUGCAUGAAAACUGGCUAAUCCACGGAACUUUCCCGAGAGUAGCCCCGGUCCUCGUUUUGGAUGCAGACUUAGACUUGCACAACAUCAGCUCAGAAUACAAGCGAUCCGAAACCAGCAUUCUCAAGCCUAUUCUCAUAGAUAAUACCAACCAGCAUCCCAUUCUUGCAUCACCCAGCAAACGAUCGAGAACUGAAUUCUAAUUUAUAAUAAUUUAUAUUUCGCUAGUUCUUCUUGAUACUUCAGUGCGGUAUCAAGAUAUAGAUGAUUUAGGACUUAACAUAGUAUAAGAGUGCAAAUGUUAUAUUAUUACGAUUGUAGAAUACGAUUAACACAUUCACACGCAAACACACACAAUAUGGUUAGCCAAAGAAACAAGCAAAUUAUUGCCCAUCCUUUUCAGGAUGGCCAAACAAAAUAGAACCGAACCGUGUUAAAACAGUUUUCGAUAAUACGAAACCGAAUCAGCUUUCUAAAAUGGUAUCUCCAAAUUACAAAUAGUAACAGCAGACGACGUUCGAGCAAUGCUCGAACAGGGCUAUACUAAAUUCAUGUUCUACAGUAAUAGGUAACUUAACGCUAUUUAUUAGUAUUAAUUUGCUUUUAAGAUGCUAACGGAAGUGUAAUGGAAAUUGAUAAGUAUUUGGUUUAGUUACUACUAGACGAUACUUCUGAUUCAUGUCAUUUCCACAUCACAUAGCGACAAAGUAUGAGUGCGAAUAAUUUGGUCAAGGGUCUUCAACUUUGAAUCAUGUUUAGUAAAUAACUUUUGAUAUCCGAGGGUAUGCAAUAUUGUACAUAUGUACACACUUUUGUGUUCAAUUGUAUAAAACUGGAUUUUGAAUAAAUGUCAGUGAAAAGA